AAUCUAAUUUUAAUAUUUUUAGAAUUUAGAACGCAGUCGUGCCCCCCUCCACCUCAGAUUCCCAAUGCUCAAAAUAUGGCAACGACGGUGAAUUAUCAGGAUGGAGAAAAAGUAUCUGUUGUCUGUCAAGACAAUUAUACAAUUCAGGGUGCAGAAGAAAUUGUGUGCCGAGAUGGAAGAUGGCAGUCAAUACCACGCUGUGUUGAUAUUUCCUGUGAGAAUCCACCCAAAGUGGAAAAUGCUAUUAUACUAAAUGAGAAGGCUAGGUAUCUACCUGGUCAGACUGCACAUUAUAAAUGCAUCAAACCUUUUGAAUUGUUUGGGGAAGUAGAAGUGACAUGUUUCAACGGGUACUGGUCACAACCACCUCAGUGUGCAG